AUGCAGACUGCAUCUUUGCUUUAUUAUUUCCUGCUUAUCUGUUGGUGUAUUGAUUUUGCUCAAAAUCAAACAAAUGAAAUUCCUAGGAGGCAAAGAAGGAGAAUGCGCUAUAGAGGAUCAAGAAAGGGUUCCUCAGCAUACCACAGACCAAACAGACAACCACAGAUUAAGACUUCAACUACUGUUGCUGUAGUACCAAGCAUUCCCCUUAUUAAUAUUGAUGAUGGCAUUACAGAAGUCUUUGACUCUUUUAUAGGUUUGGGUGGACAUGAAUCCAGUUACAGUGUCUUACCAGGAAAGAAAGGGCACUGUACAGCUAACGGGAUGAUUAUGUACGACAAAGCUGUGUGGUCCCCCAAACCUUGCAUUACUUGUCUUUGUUCAAAAGGAAAAGUGCUUUGUGAUGAAACUACGUGCCUUUCUCUGACAUGUCACAAAACUGUGAUACCUGAAGGAGAGUGCUGCCCAGUUUGCUCUGAUAUUGAGCCCAGUGACCCUAGUGACCCAAUGCUAUUGAAAUCACUGCAUACCCAGGCUGAAAUGGAUGAGUUACUCAGACGAGAGAAGGAAGAACUUGAAGGGAGAGAAAAGGAAAUUCACAAAAAGGAUGAAGAGAACAGGAAGAGAAAAGAAAAGAAAAGUCAGGAGGAGAAAAAAAUACAUGACUAUGAAGCCCAUCAGAAAGUAGAGGAGGAAAUAAGCAGGAGAGAGGAAGAAAAAAGAAGAGCAUAUGAAGAGGAAGAGCUACAAAUUGAAAAGGAAGAAGAAGAAAAAAGAAAGGAAAACAAACAUCCAGAGCAAGAAAGAAAACAACAAAAAAGCGAAGAAGAAGAAGGGGAAGAGGAAGAGGAUGAACAUAUUUUACGAGGUGAUGUUUUCAGAAUGCCCCCUCGAUUCCCAAUUCCUGUUCCUCCUGCAGAAAUUCCUCCUUUGCCAACUGGAUGUUCCAUUUCUGACACCACAGUAAGCUGCAUUAAUGCCAGACUUACACAAAUACCACCAAUUACUGAUCCAGAGCUAACAAGCUUAGAGCUUGAAGGGAAUACCAUCACUUCCAUUCCAGAUGAAGCAUUCAAUGGGAUUCCUAAUUUGGAAAGGCUUGAUCUAAGUAAAAAUAAUAUUACUUCUCCAGGCAUAGGUCCACAAGCGUUCAAAAUCCUGAAAAAGUUAAAACGUUUGUAUAUGGAUGGAAACGCACUAGUACAUAUUCCUCCUGAAUUACCGUCAGCUUUAGAAGAACUUAAAAUAAAUGAAAACCAUCUCCAUGCUAUUGAUGAAGACAGUUUACAAGAAUUAAAGAACUUGGUGACCCUAGAAUUAGAAGGCAAUAAACUUAGUGAAGCAAAUGUCAGUCCUUUAGCUUUCCGUCCUUUGAAAAGCCUGUCUUAUUUGCGCCUUGGAAGAAAUAAAUUUAGAACUGUCCCACAAGGUCUUCCCACAUCUAUUGAGGAAUUAUAUCUGGAAAAUAACCAAAUAGAAGAAAUUUCAGAAAUUUGCUUUAACCAUACCAGGAAUAUUAACAUCAUUGUGCUGAAACACAACAAAUUAGAAGAAAAUAGGAUAGCACCUUUGGCUUGGAUUAAUCAAGAGAAUUUGGAAUCUAUUGAUCUUUCUUACAAUAAGUUAUAUCACGUUCCCUCCUAUCUGCCAAAAUCCUUACUGCACCUCGUACUUAUAGGAAACCAGAUUGAGAGAAUACCCGGAUACGUGUUUGGUCACAUGAAGCCAGGGCUGGAAUAUCUGUACCUUUCUUUUAACAAACUUAACAAUGAUGGAAUAGAUCCAGUGUCAUUCUAUGGAGCUUAUCGGUCUUUGAGAGAGUUAUUUUUGGAUCACAAUGAAUUAAAGUUUGUACCAUUUGGAAUCACAGAAAUGAAGGCAUUAAGCUUUCUGAGGCUGAACAACAACAAAAUACGAACAGUCCCUCCAGAACGCAUCUGUAGAGCUAUUGAGGUUGAAGAUUCACGUUUGGAACAUCUUCAUCUUGAAAACAAUUUUAUCAAUACAAGAGAGCUGUCACCAUAUGCAUUUUCAUGCAUAAGAUCCUAUUCCAGUGUUGUUCUGAAACCACAGAAGAUCAAAUAA